CUUCCGGGGCGGACUGGGCUGGGCUCGAUGGGAGUGAGGGGUGAAAGAGCUCCUGUGGGUGAAGAAAACCUCGUCCCGCUUCUGGAGCUGUCCCAGCGCCGGUGUCUGUCGCUCGGCUUGCAGGGAGGGAAGGAGAGGGCGCUCCCGUACCCGUACAGAGGCUGUUGAUCGGGGCUUGGCCUAGUGGGGGGUCUCCCUGGGCAGAGAAGCUCAAGGUGCCCUUGACAGUAAGAACUGAAGGAUGUAGUUUAAAAAAGCGAGGCAAGUGUUCAAAACCACGGUGAAAUUGUUUUCUCUCCAGCCACUUCAGGGCAGGAGUUGAUGUUAUUGUGUCAAAAGUAUCAGUGAGGCCUCACCUAACUUAACUUAGAUAGGAAAUCGCUUAUGGAAAAACACGUGUUUUCUCCCAGGACAGUCACCCUGGUGUGUGUUCUGCCUGUUUAAAGAGCCUCUCAGGUGUCUGAUUUCAGACUGACUAUCGUAACUUUGGCCUUGGGAAGUUUUCUUCUGCUAUUGAUCUCUCUUGUCUUCAGAACAGGGUCUAGCCCACAGCCGUGAGAUUGUGAAUGAUCAUAAUCUGUGCACCAGAACAGGUGACACAAUCACAGGCAGAAGAAUAUGGCUGGACAAAUCUCAGAAGCUGAUCAGAUCAAGCAGUUCAAGGAGUUUCUUGGAACAUACAAUAAAAUUACAGAAAACUGCUUCCUGGAUUGCAUAAAAGAUUUCACUAGCAGAGAAGUUAAACCAGAAGAGCUGUCAGUGGAGGUUCUUGUGCCUCAACUUCUGAUGGAUGGUAUCUUUAUGGACAUGGAAGUUGCCUACCUACAGCCUGCAUCUCAUUCUUUGAAGAUGACUUGCUCAGACCACUGUCUACAGAAGUAUUUAAAAAUGACACAAAGGAUCUCCAUGAGAUUCCAGGAGUACCACAUCCAGCAGAAUGAAGCUCUGGCAGCUAAAGCAGGACUGCUUAGCCCACCUCGUUAGAUAAGAGUGCUCUCUUCAGACUUUACAAGCAAUGCCAGUGUUUGUUGGGCAAGAACACAUUUUGGAUUUUCUACUGUCAGGAUGCGUGUCCAGCAACUCGCAGUUCUAGAUGCUGUUCAGACAAUGGAAAUCAUGAAGGGUUAAACAAGAAGUUAGUCAUGGUGGACUGGUAAUGGAGCCUUUCUGAGGUCCUUUUCACCCUACAAUGGAGUAAUACUGAUAGAAACUUUUCCAGGGCCCACAGACUGGUAUGUUUAAAUUUCAAGGGUGGUGGGAGGGUUAUGCUUCCUUUCUGCUAGGACUGAUUCAGAUAAAGAAAUGGAAUAUGGGAAAUACACUUUUUUUUAUUUAAUUAAAACGAAUGGGAACUCUA